AUGACAGCGCGUGUGGCUGCAGCCGUGGCACUGAGUUCACUCGGUGCCACUGCCAAAGAAAUGUUCACAGACAACCCAGUCUGCCUCCAAAAUAAUUGCAUCAAUCCAGUAUUCCCGGGGCUUGAGGACCUCUACAGACUCAGCAACUCAACAAAGUGGUACUGCACAACCAUGGAAGACACGGCGCUCUCCAUCGGCUUCUGCAAAGGGGCCGUGGACUAUGACAUUGCGGUGCCAGAGCCUCAGAGCGCCGACGAGAAGAGCGUGGCGGCCCUGGUCCGAAAGCAGGAUCGUGCGGCCAACACAGCCUACUUCACUCACCUGAAUGGCCUGGGCAAGGAUGCUUGGGAUUAUCCCAAGCCUGAGGAGGCAGAUGACUGCAUCAAGUCCAUCUGGAAGAUGGUCUGCUACACCUACUUUCCGAGGGCCAAGGCAGGCUGCAAACGUGGCAGCGAGACGGAGUACAUCCGGCCUUGCAUGAGCUCUUGCCAGAACUACGUGAAGUCCUGUGCUGUUGAGUGCUGCGAUGAGUCCGUGCAGUGUGUCUUCCACCAUGAGAAGCCUCUCACCAAGACAACCGUCCUUGCAACCUCCGGCUACGAGCCCCACGACGGCCCCUCAACCUUCUGCACUGGUGCUGCACUCCGAUCCUGUGGCCCGUGCGCUCUGCUGCUCGCGCUGCUUGCCGCCUUCUCUGCGGAGCUCCCGAGCCGCCCGGGCCGCCUGAGUCUUUUUGCCCUGCUGCUGGCGCCUUUGGCAAUGUCAUUGCAGGGUUGCGAUGGUGUCGGAGUGCACACCGUCGGCAACUGGCGUCAGCAGGACGACUACUUCGUCACGUACCAGUUCGUUCCUCCCGGUGCAUCUUCGAGAGAAGCAGUGCUGAACUCUUGUUCGUUGCCAGGCCUGUCUCCGACGUUGCAGUGCAGUGGUCAUGGUGGCUGCCAUUCAUGGGAGAAAACCUUGGACAGCAAUCCCACUCCCUUUUGCAAGUGCGAUCCUGAGUGGGCAGACCCGGAGUGCCGCACGAAGCGGAAGUCUCAGACCACGGCGUACUUCUUGGCCGUGUUCCUGGGAGUGGUGGGAGCAGAUCGGUUCUACCUGGAGCUCACGCUCUCAGCAUGGCUGAAGCUCAUUACCCUUGGUAGCCUGAGCAUUUUCUGGAUCACGGAGCUGCUGAUCACUGGCUCCGCUCCCGUGAAUCUCUCGCAUGAUGUUCGGAGCUGGUCCGGCAUCCUUAAGGUCCUGGUGUUCUUCGCGCUUUCCAGUUGGUAUUUCAUUGACAUCAUCCGCACCGGCUCUGCUCCGAUUGAGACCUCCGGCUUCAAGACAGCACCAGACUUCCCUCGACAGGUGUUCAUCGCCUGCACUGUGUUUCUGGCUAUGUUUGCUGGAUUCUUCUGGGCAUACUGGAGCGUGGCAAGUGAGGCAGUGGUGAAGACGGUCAGUGUCCUGGACGCAUACGGUCUGCGAAAGGUGACCGAGAUUGUUUUGCUAAUGAAGAUCAAAGCCUGGGGCCUGGAAUAUCUGGGUGCAACGUCCAGUGACAUCACCCGUCACUUCCGCAAUGCAGAUCCUGACUUGCAUCCAUUUGAGCGUGCCCGCGAAUACCAGCGCGCUCUGAAGGCAGUGAAAUUAGAGAAGAUCUUUGCCAAGCCGUUUGUGAAGGCUCUUGAGGGGCACACAGAUUCCGUCAAAUGCAUGGCGAUUGCUCGGCGUAUGGCCGCACCCCUGCUGACGGGAUCUUGUGACGGGGAGCUACGACUUUGGGACAUGCAAUACCUUCGCUGUGGGGCCAACGUCAGCAAAGCGCACGAGGGUUUUGUCCGCGGGGUCACCAUGAGUCCAGAUGGGCGAAGAGCUUUCUCUUGUGGAGAUGACAAGGCUGCUAAGAUGUGGAGGAUCCAACCCAAAGCAUGUGGGAUCUCGGAUGAAGCAGAGGCCGUGUACAGCAUGGCUUAUAUUCCCGGUGCGAUAGAUCACCAUUGGCAGAAGCCCAUGUUUGUGACGGUUGGUGACACCGUCGAUGUCUGGGAUUACAACCGGUCCACACCGCUCAGUUCCUUUGAGUGGGGUUGUGAGCGGGUCAUCACUGGCCGCUUCAAUCCAGCCGAGCCUUGCCUUUUGGCAUCGACGGCCGUCGACAGGUCUGUCGGGCUGUAUGACCUGCGCGGGAAUUCUGCCAUUCGCAAGGUGCUUCUGAAGCUUCGGUCCAAUGGAAUCUGUUGGAAUCCUAUGCGACCGAUGAGUUUCACUGUUGCGAACGAAGAUUGCAGUUUGUACACAUUUGACAUGCGCAAGCUCUCUGCGGCAAUGUACAGACAUUGGGAUCACGUUAUGGCUGUCUUGGAUGUCGAUUACGCGCCGAACGGUCAAGAGUUCGUUUCAGCGAGCUAUGACAACACGGUCCGGCUUUGGGACGCCACCCACCAGCGUUCCAAGGAGGUGUACCAUGGAAAGAGGAUGCAGCGAGUGCUUUGCUGCCACUUCACACCAGACGGCCGCUUCGUACUCUCUGGUUCAGAGGAUACGAACAUACGUGUUUGGAAGGCCAAAGCCGAUCAGAAACUUGGCGUGUCAACGCCUCGAGAGAAGCGAGCGGAGGCCUACCGAGAAACCCUCAAGAAGAAGUUUGCACGGAUGCCGGAGAUUGCCCGCAUUAAGCGACACAGGCAUGUGCCCAAGAUGAUCAAGUCGAUGGGCAACAAGCGGCGCAUCAUGAGGGAGGCCAAGCAGCGAAAGGAGACAAAUCGCAAGAAGCACUCGAAGCCCGGAACGGUUGUUCACGAAGCGAUGAAGAAGCGGCCAAUCAUCAAGGAGAUGCAGUGA